CAUAUAUAAAAACGAUGAAUUUAUCAUUUGAUCAUCAUCAUCAUCUUUUCACAUUCGAAAAUUGAAAAUUUGAAAAAAAUGAAAUCUUUAUUAAUUGUAUUGAUCAUAUCGUUUUGUUGUCUGGCUAAAACUUUCGGCCAAACUACAAUCAUUCCUGAAACUAUUUCGACCGAUGAGGUAUCAUCACAAACUGUAACAAUUGAUCCAGAAAACAUUGUACCCGAUGAAACUAUUCCGAAUGAAUUGUCCAUUGCACCAGUGAUUGUUAGAGAUAGUGAUGAGAAAACAAGUACAUCCGAUGUUCCACAACAACAACAACCAACAACAGUAUUCCAUCCACAACAGGAACAAGCAACAGAUUUACAACAGCAGCAGCAACAGCAACAGCAACAACUUCAACAACAACAUUAUCAACAACAACAACAGCAAAAUUAUCCAUUACAACCACAAUGGAAUGUGCAGAGAGUUGAUCGAAUGAAUCAUUUUAAAGUUCCAAUUAAAUCAAUGCCAACGGGUGUCCAACAUGUUUCAUAUAAAAUGGCUGGUCAUAAUCGACAUCUUUCACAACUACCACAUCGAUCAAUCAAAUUUACAUAUCCAUAUCAAUCAUAUGUUCCACAACAGCAAACACAAUCGGUUACUCAAUCACGAUCGAUAACACAAACAAAUGGUUGUCAAGGAACAACAAAGCGAGAUGUUGAAAAGAGUGAAUCGAUAAAAAAUUUUGAAUCCUGGUAUUUGAAUACGGCCAAUCAUGAUGUAUUGUUUUCAGUAUGCGGUACAUUAUUACCCGGUCAUCGUAUACUAAUCGAAUCGGGUAGUCCUGAAUUUGCUGCAUGGAUUCAAAGACGAUUGGAUGGUGGAAAAAUAAUAGAAAAUGAACCCAUAUUGAUUCAAAGUAUUAAUGAUUUAAUCCAUAACGAUAAUAUUGAUGAUGUUAUAAACGAACAAAAAAAUCAAUGUCCAAAUGAAGAACUGGUAGCUGCAUUCAAAAUUUUUCUCCGUUAUUUUUAUUCCGGAUCAACUGCAUUCGAUUCGAUUGAUGAUUUAGAUGUUUCAUUGUUUGUUUUGCAAAUGACUCGAGAAUUCUUGGGUGAAAAAAUUGCCGAACGUAUUGUUGAACCAAAAAUCAUUCAAUCGAUGAAAAUAGAUAGCCUUAAUAGUGUGUAUCGUUUUAUAAAGAACAACAAACUUGAUUCAUUGAAAUUGAAAUGGUCAAAAUUUAUUGCCGAUCAUUCAUCAAUAUAUGAGAAUCACCUACCAUUUAGCUGUGAUGAAAUCAUCAAUGAUGUUGAACUUUUCGAUCAAUUUUUACAGAGCCUUAACACAACUCAAGCUCAAGUUAUUGGAUUUAUUCGUCAUUAUUUACAAAAUUGUCCCGAAUCAAUACAUGAAGUAAUCAAAGACGCUAGUUCGUUACCAAAUUCAUUGUAUUUUUUCCGUUGUACGAUCGAUGAUCUCAAACAAUUACAACAACUUGGAUUCAUCACGAUUGAAAUACUUGCCGAUGAAUUGGAAAAUCGUCUUCGUACUAAAGAACGUGUAUGCGAAGAAUUAAAACGAUCGUCAAAUUUAAAUCCAAAAAUUAAUUACUAUUUCCGACAGAUGGAACCGUAUUUGGGAGCAUUUCGACGUGCAGCAUAAAAAAAGUGAUGAUAAUUUUAAAUUUUAAUAUUAAAAUAUUUUUUUGAUACUUGAAACCAUAUAAAUAAAAUUUUCAAAUUAG